CCCCUUCAACUCUCUCAUAUUGAAUUUCAUCAAAAAUCCUAAACCUCCUUUCAUUCUUCUUAAUAAUCUUCGCUUAUUUCUAUUCCACUUCUUCUUCAUUAAUUGUUACAAUGGAGACAAAAUCUCGCACUCUGGAGAUCACAAUUUUGUCAGCAGAAGAUCUAAGAAUCCAUAACAAAUCGGUUAAAAAGAACGCUUUCGUCGUCGUCCAGACCGACAGUUUUAACUCUAAGACGACGAAGAUGAACGGAAAAGGAGGGAGCUCUCCUUCGUGGAACGAUAAACUAGUGAUGGACAUGCCCAUGCACACACGCUUCGUCACCCUCCAAGUCAAAUGCAAGUCCUCAGGUGGUAGGGAUAAAACCGUCGGACUUGUAAGAAUACCGGUGACGGAUUUUAUCGGAGGAUAUUCUCCCGAGACUUGCUUACAGUUCUUGAGUUACCGAUUAAGAGAUCCAAAGGGACUCAAGAACGGAAUCCUUAACGUUUCUAUAAGACUAAAAGAACCCUUACAAGCUUGUUCUUCCCAGGCUGUAGCGUCUGGGCUUGGGAUCCCCAUCAACGGACUAAAUGAUUUUGGAGUUGUUACUGGGAUUCCCAUUUGUAGUGGCUAUCCAUCUACUUCUUUCUUUAGAUGAAGCAAUCUUUAUUCAGUUGUAUAAAACACAGUCAAUAGGUUUUACUUCCGCGCGUUUAGUUUUCUUUUUAUUUUUGACUGUAGUAUCUAAUUUCAUCGUUAUUGCCAUUUUUAUACUAACUAGCACUGCCGAUUCAAAAUAA